AUGUUGGAGGCGUACCUGAAGAGUAGUUGUGAGAUCGCAGCACCUUGCAACCGUGUCGACCCGGUAAAAGAAACUGAUGAAGUAUACGAUUUCAUCGUUGUAGGAGCAGGCACAGCUGGCUCCAUAGUAGCUGGAAGACUGAGCGAAAUGAAGAAUUAUAAGGUGCUGCUGUUAGAAGCGGGAGGUCAUGAACCUAUCGGUGCUCGACCACCAUCGUUCUACAGAAACUUUUGGUCAAACGAAGAUGUCGACUGGUCGUUCCGCACGGUUCCUGGUGAAUAUUGUCUCGAUCAAGGCGAUAAAGGAUGUAUGUGGCCUAGGGGAAAAGUACUUGGCGGUACGAGUGUGCUAAAUGGCAUGAUGUAUCAUCGGGGUCACGCCGCUGAUUACGUCACCUGGGGCAAAGAUUGGUCAUGGGAGAAAAACUUGCCCUACUUUUUGAAGACCGAGGGUAACAAAGAAAUUGGGACUGUAGUCAAAGAUGACUAUCAUUCGGAUAGCGGACCACUACCAGUUCAGCGUUUUAGAUAUCAACCCCCGUUCCUGCACGACUUGCUACACGCAAUUGAAGAGGCUGGGCUACCUAUUGUGGAUGAUAUGGUCAAUCCUGAAACUCCCGAAGGGUUUACUAUUACGCAGACGUUUUCCGAAAACGGUCAAAGAUACACGACAGCGAGAGCGUUCUUGAAGCCAAGGCGGGAGCGACCAAAUCUGCAUGUGAAACUGCACGCACAUGUACUUAAAGUGUUAAUAGAGAACAACGUAGCGCAUGGCGUCCAAUACUACGAUGAAAAAGGUCAAAUUCAAACUGUGAUCGCCGCUAAGGAAGUUAUACUAAGUGCGGGUGCACUGAAUACUCCCCAUAUUCUUUUCCACUCUGGUAUUGGUCCUCGUCGAAUGUUGGAAAAACAUGGCAUAUCAGUGGUGGCUGACCUACCAGUAGGGCAGAACUUGCGUAACCAUAUCGGAAUGACACUUUACUUCACACUGAAAAAGAUAGAGAAUAGAAGAGUUCUAGAUUGGAGCGUACUGACAGAGUACUUGCUAAAAGGAGAAGGGCCAAUGAGCUCAACUGGUAUUACUCAGUUAACAGGACUAUCAUACUCAAGUCUCGCAAACAAAACCCUCAACCAACCGGAUCUGCAAUUCUUCUUCAACGGUUACUAUGCGGAAUGCUCACAAACUGGCCAGGUAGGAGAGCCCGUCGGAAACUGUUCUCACAAAGGAAUGAACAUUUCAAUUAACGCUGUUGCGUUACUACCUCGCAGCGUUGGUUACAUAAUGCUUAACUCUAGCGAUCCUUUGGUGCCUCCACUAUUCUAUCCAGAAUACUUCUCCCAUCCCGAUGAUAUGGUGAUGGUGAAAGAUGGCGCCAAAUACGUGCAGAGGAUAAUCAAAAGUGAUAUACUUCGCAACGAAUACGGCAUAAAGCUGGACUCGGCGUUCACAUCGCAAUGCGCACCUCUAACGGAGUGGUCGGACAAGUGGCUGGAGUGCAUGGCGCGCGUGAACACCGACCCUCAGAACCACCAGGUCGGCACCGCCGCUAUGGGCCUCGUACUCGACCACACGCUCUCCGUCUACAACUUACACGGUCUGAGAGUUAUCGACGCUUCUGCAGUGCCAACUCUAACCACCGGUAACCCGCAAGGCACUAUCAUGAUGGUAGCGGAACGAGGAGCAGACUAUAUCAAGGAACAUUGGUCGUCGAAUUUAUAA